CGUUCGGUGGAACUCUAGAAGUAAAGGUAAUGUUUAGGAUAGUUGACAGUUAUAUAGUUUUAUUUCGACAUACUGUGACAGUCGAAUUAUGGUUUAAGGUAAUUCCGCAGUUUUGCAUUGCGCACUUUUACUGCGCACAUCUUAUAACUUAUAAUUUCAUCCAUUAUACGUACCGUUUAAAAAAAAUCAUUUUAUGACAAUUUUAGGUUACUUCAAAACAUCUUUGGUUGCAUUCGUGCAAAGAAUUACGUUAAAAUAAAUGUUUUCAAAAAAGGCAUACAAAAGUGUAGCUAGGGUUCCUUGUGUCUGUAGUAUAUUUAUUUACUUGUAUUUCACAUUUUAAUGCCACAAUUCCCUAAAAAGAUCGGUGACCCCCGUUUUUUAACUGAUAAUUUAUUUCUUUAAUGCAUUUUACAUUUCAUAUCCGAAAUUAAAAGAAAAAUCAUUUCUGGAUCUUGAAAAAAAAUCCUUUAAUCAAUGCAUGUUCUCAAAGAAAGAUAUGUAAAGAAAUGUGGAAAAGACAUUUGUGGAUCAGAAUUGUACACGUUAGUUGUUUCAUUUUGCUCAAAACACAAUAUUUUUUCAAAAAUAAUUACAAGAUAGGUUUACUGAAGCAAAAUCCGCGCUAAAAACGUCAAUAAAUAUCGGGCUGUUGUGAUUUUGCUGUUACUCGUAAUGAGCGUCAAGAUGGUGCCAUAUUGGGGUAAAGGUGGUAUAUUGUGCUAUCACUAUAUAUCUGCGCGCUUAAUAAAUGAUUUUAGUUUCAGGUUACUAAAUAAAUACCUUUUUAGAAAACUGGGUUUUCCGGGCCGCAAAGUCAUCGUAACAGCUAUCACCCACAGCCCCCCCAGAAAUUAUUGGGUGGGGGGAAGUCUGUAGUAUUCGCUAGCUAAUGCUGAAUAUCAAGACGUUUUACAGCACCUGGUUGAAAAUCCCACAACAUAUAUAUAACCGAAAUUGUUCCACCAUUCUGUUUUUAGACAUCCAAAGAACUCAAUGUCUCUGGGUGUAUUGGACCGUGUAUAUCUGUGGAUAGGAAAGGACCAAAUGUUUCAGAAACAGUGCGUAUACUUUUAAAACCUGUUUGCAUUUCAUUUUGACAUAUACCAGUAGAAACCCGCGUACAAGAACGAGUAGUUUAAAAAACCUGUAGAUUAAGAACCUGUUAUGGGAUCUUCUUAUAAUAAGAACCUAUUUUUUUGGCUAGGUUUUGAGUUAACAAUGGUUGUUGUUUUGCAUACAGGAAGCUUUAAAUCAUAUACUAUCGAAAUGAUAAAUUGGCCCCUCUAGAUUUGCACCCGCGGGAAUCUGGAUUGAUUUUAUGUUAUGAUGGACUUUUUCGUAAACAAGCUGCGAUGUUUGACAGGGAAAGAACAUGUUGAUUAGUGUGAACGGUAAAUCCAGAGGUCUAAGAAGCACAGCCACUGUGACUGCCCAAGCAUGUUUUAGAACUGCAAAUUUAGGUAUAACGAAAAAUAAUUUUGCAGAAAUCUUACACCUAGUAAAUAUUUUAUUAUAGUCUAUACAGCAAAUAGCCAAACAAGCAACUCGAGUGAAUAAUCGCGUAAACAUAGUCAAAAAUUUUACUUUUAAACAUUGCAGUUUGUUUAUACGAACUCCGUUGAAGUUCAAGAGUGGUCACAGGGUGCCAAAAAGUUCAUCACGUGGUAUUUGAAAUCGAUUCUGUGCAUGCUUAUCUCGAGAGACCACUUCGGCGAUUUUGAUAGUAAAAGUAUAGUUACUCAUUGAAUUUCCUGCAUGAUAUACAAUGUUGAAUUCAAACGUCUGGUUGUGUAUUUUUGAAGGAAAUCGGCGUGGGUGGAACAUCAGCAUGGAAACUUUGUGGAUUUGAUUCAGCAACAACGUUAGCUGUGUUCCUUGAAAUAGUAAAUCAAGUAAGUUACUAUAUGCUAUGUAUUAUGAUAAAUGUAUUAUGAUAAUGUGUUGUUUUUUGUGUUGUGCUUUGUUAUGGCGUUCUGGUUAAGGUGGCUCGAUACAGUUUUCAAAAAUUCAGGUGUUCAACACUUUGACAUGUUCAAACUACGCAUUUUUAGGAUUUAUUCAGCAGAUAUUGAGGUUUUUAUAUAUUUUGAUAUCUCAACUUUCAAAUUAUAUAAGUCUUAGUAACAGAUAGUUCGUUGUUAAUGACGACAUACGUGUACGAAAUUCACUCCACAAUGGCCUAUCGUCUCGUACAGUUGGAAAAAAAGCAUGGUGACCCCCAAAUUUUUAUCGUGCAUUAUGUUACUUCGACGAAAAGCUAACAUUUAGCAAAAUAUAAAAAAAUUCUGUAAUGCCAUUUUUUUGGAAAAUGCGAAAAUGUCAUAUUCUUCGGUAAAAUUUUUUUGGCAUUACAGAAUUUUUUUAUUUUUUGUAUAAUGAAAGUUUUAAGCGGUGCAAUACAGCAUGCAAAAUUUUAACAUAGGUCACCAGACAAAAUAAAGAGAUAUAGCGCAUUGUUUUUCUAUAAUGGAAAAUUCUAAUGACGUCAGCAAUUGACAUAAAACACUAUAGAACACACGCAAUGACGUGAUAUGGCGCGAGCAACUGCUCACGUCAGGUCAUUUUAGAAGUUCUUUCAUUUUGUUAAUCAGUUUCCACGACCUGCGCGUAAAAAUGAUCACCCGGUUUUGAGUUCGCGACUCUUAGUGAGCAGGGUUUUUGUGAUAACUAUAUCGAGCCACCUUAACUGUUGUGUUGCAUUGUGUUGUGUUGUCCUUCAUUCCUCUUUAUUGUAUAGCAUUCUCUGCACUACUCAGCUCCACUGUAUUGAACAUAUGACAAAGUCUAUAUAUUUAUGUGGCCUUAAAGUAUAUCUCCUUACUUUUCAUUACUGCAGCAUACAGCUCCAGUACCUCAGGGCUCGCGAGGUUGUAUACAAUUCAUAACACAAUACCAACACUCUAGUGGUCAGCGAAGAAUACGUGUUACGACAUGCGCAAGAAAUUGGGUUGAUGCAGGGAAUUUAGCACACGUAUCUCUGGGUAGGUGCAAGAUCAUACCGCAUUAACGCACCAUGACGUCGUUAUUGCAUAUUAGUAACUUUACUAACUUAACGUUACUUUAUGCGUAUUUUGCAUGAGAAUUCAACGUUACCCGUAGACCAAAUUUCGUUUUGAUAUAUUUUUCUCUUAUAUUUUAAGUCUUGUACACAUUAAGUCUUGUACACAUCUUUAAAAAUACUUUUUCAGAGAAAAAAGUGUUCACAUUAAAAAAAAACAACACGUUAUCAUUAGGUUUAAGGUUAAGGUCAAACUAUUGCCUAGGGUCAGGGUUGGGUUAGGCAUUGGGGUAAGGGUUCGUACGCCCCCUGGAAACACUGGAAGUCCUGCAUGGAAACUCCAUGAAAAGUCGUGGAAUUUCAAAGUAAUCCCUGAAAUCCCCUAGAAAACUACUGUAAACUGACAUGUACGAUACUUCAAGUAUUUUAGUAAGAUUAAUUACAAAACGUUCUUGCACCUAGCGUAUCGAUCUUUUUAGAUAGUUACAUUACUUGAUAGCGAUAUCUGUAGUGAAAAACUUGUCGAAGUAUUGUUGAAAAUAAUUUUGUCAUACAGUACUUCAAAUAUCCCUGGGAAACUUCUGGCAAAUAUAAGAGAACAAAGUCCUUAAAGAUCCUGGAUUAAAGAUCCUGGAUUUUUAGAAUUAUGAAAGUGUACGAAUUCUGGGGUUGGGUUAGGAAUGCGGCUAAGAAUUCAGAUUUACGUUUAGGGUUAAGCUUAGCUUAGGUUGUAGACUCAAACCAUCCGAUUUAGACUCGAGUCGCAAUCUUUGUGACUUGUAAUUUAACUUAUUUUAACUUAUUAAUCAGAUUAACGACUAGACUUGGACUCGAACAAAAGGACUUGUGGCCUGAUUUGUGAGCUUGGAUGACUUCCCAGUACAGAAUGACUUGCGUCUUGACUUGGUCACAGACAAAAUGACUGGUGACUUGAUUUAACUUGCUAUACUCGGAGUGAAUGACUUGACUCAGACUCGGAUUAAGUGACUCAUGAUUUGCCUUGGACUUGUCAAAAACUGCUUGUGACUUCACUUGUACUUACAAAAUAAAAACUCAGUAAAGGGUUUGUUUUAAGGUUUAGGGUUGGGUUUAGAGUUUGAGUUAGAGUUUGGUUUAAGGAUUAGGUCAAAAACAAGCAUGGUGUCACUGCGAUAUACUGUAAUCUAACUCCGACCUUAUGUGUAGGUUUCGACCAGGAGACAUCGUGUGUCAUGAUGAGUCGUAUAGCUGUAUUCCGAGCAGAGACAGACGAAGGACCCGAUGUUCUCAGGUGGCUAGACAGAAUGUUAAUCAGAUUAAGUCAGAAAUUUGGAGAAUUUAAUAAAGAAGAUCCGAGUUCGUUCCGUUUAGCAGAAAAUUUCUCACUAUAUCCACAGGUACGUGGAAUUUGUUGUAUUGCUACACUCUAAACACGCCCCGAUUAAAGUUUUUGAAAUCACAUUUGUCCACCUAUGUGCAUAAUAUUAAAGCAGUGCAGAAGAAAAGAAAAACCAAUUAAUCUCUAAUAUGUCAUGCUAAACAACAACGCCCUGGGCAAAAUAGGAAACAUUGUCGUGGAAACAUUUGUGAUCGUCGAUGUUUCCACAAAUGUUUCCCUGUUUGUCCACCUGUAGAUGAGAUUAAUUUCAGAAAGUUUGCUCUGAAGUUUUAGGUUAACCUUGGAUUAAGUUAACCGGCCUACGAACAGCCCCUGGAUGUUUUUACUGCAGUACUGGUCUCAGAACUAGAACUAGAACUGGAUAAAGCAUCUGCUAUGCAUAUACUGUAUGAAGCCAAUGGCGGUCAUAUUGAUAUAACCACCAUAUUUCAUACCAUGUUUCUAUUUUUUCUAGUUUAUGUUCCACUUAAGACGUUCACAAUUUUUACAAUACUUCAAUAACAGUCCAGAUGAGACUUCAUAUUACAGGUCAGUUUUGACUACGUCCACACAACACUGGAGUGAAGUAAUGCUGGCAGAAUUUACGCGUGUUCACACUACGCCAUUACAGUUUGUUUACAAAUUAAAUUGGCACUCAUGUAAACCCAAAAUAUUUCAAAUAGAGCAAAGAAAAUUAAACGAAAAGCAUUCGAAUUUACUGUUUUGAGAACGGUGAUGCUUGGUUUGCAAGCGGUACAAAAAUGUAACGGCGUUUGUGUUGACACGAACUCACGAAGCCGCCAAGCGCUGCGUUUUCAUCUCGCUCCGUUUCGAAACCGUGCUCAAAUUGUUACGACAAAAGUAACGUUUUCAAACAAUUUCGCUCCGGCGUGGUGUGAACACGACGGCAAAUUGUGACUUUUCUGCGCCGUUUUUAAACCACUCCGGCGUAUUGUAAACCUGGUCUUAGCCUGAAUUCUGAAAGAGAGCGUCCAGUUUCCUUGAUGACACACCUUUAGGGGUGAUGACACACCUUUAGGGGUGAUGACACACCUUUAGGGGCGAUGACACACCUUUAGGGGUGAUGACACACCUUUAGGGGUGAUGACACACCUUUAGGGGUGAUGACACACCUUUAGGGGUGAUGACACACACCUUUAGGGGCGAUGACACACCUUUAGGGGUGAUGACACACCUUUAGGGGUGAUGUCACACCUUUAGGGGUGAUGACACACCUUUAGGGAUGAUGACACCUUUAGGGGUGAUGACACACCUUUAGGGGUGAUGACACACCACUAGGUGUGUUUUUAGGGGUGUCCCCCCCCCCCCGAAUUUUAGGCGUCCAUUUUCAGUUCUAGGGCCUCCCAGACUAAAAGCCUGGUUUAACGACAUGCUAGGCUUUGAGGUGUUUUAGAAUGGCAAUUGAAAUGACAUUAAGAGAGAAAUUCGAAGAGGAAGUUGACUAAAUAUCUGUGUGCGUUUAUGUUUUGCUGAUUUGUGUUUUGCUAUGAAUGAGUUCUUUGAGAAAGUGUGUAACUUUUUUUCUUCCAUUGCAGACAUGUUCUAAAUCGUGAAGAUGUGAUGAACUCUCUUAUUAUGAUACAGCCCAUUCUUUAUUCUUAUACUUUCCAUGGACCGCCUGAGGUAUGUAACAUUAACGCCCAUAUUCCAAAAGCUCACUCACACUCAAAGAGUGAAGGUUCAAUCUGAGCUUCCCUUGAGUUUC